GCCGCCGCCGCCUCAGCAGAGAAAUGGCUGCCCACAGAUGCUGCUUCCCGGUUUGGCUGUUUAUUCUCUGUAGUUUUUCUCUGUUUAUUAUCGCAGGCAGUCAAGAAACGACGGUAGCUCCCGAGCAACAUGCCAGUGUGCUGGAUAAUCCGCAAACAGCCGCCGAAACAGCGGAACAAACGGCGGGGGAGAGCGGAGGAGUGGAGGAGCGGCGGUGGGAAGGAACCGAGGUUAGAGAUGCUGCAGCCCAGAAACAAGCCGAACCUGCGGUCCUCCAGCCAACACCGCAGCCCAAAGACGACUUUCAGGAGGAGCUGGUGGUCAGACCGCUGCACUCUGGAGAUAUUUAUGCCAGCUUCCAGUUCCGCACCCUGUGGGAGACGGACUUCAUGCGAGGAAACAAAGUGUCUCACUACCGGCUGUUUCCCAAGUCCCUGGGUCAGGUCAUCUCCAAGUUCUCAGUGCGAGAGCUGCACAUCUCCUUCACUCAGGGCUACUGGAGGACCAUGCAGUGGGGGCAGCCCUAUCUACCGUCACCUCCCGGGGCUGAGCUCUGGGUUUGGUUCCAGGACUCAGUGACAGAUGUGGACGCCACGUGGAAGGAGCUGACCAAUGUUUUGUCGGGCAUCUUCUGCGCUUCGCUGAACUUCAUUGACUCCACUAACACCGUUCAGCCCAGUGCCUCCUUCAAACCCCUGGGAAUAGGCAACGUGACAGACCAUCGCUUCCUUCGCUAUGCCACCCUCCCACGAGAAAUUGUUUGCACUGAGAAUUUGACACCCUGGAAAAAACUCCUGCCAUGUGGAUCCAAGGCUGGUCUCGCUGUCCUGCUGAAGUCAGAGAAGCUCUUCCACAGCAGUUUUCAUUCCCAGGCGGUGCACAUCAGACCUGUGUGUCAGGACUGGCAAUGCAAAACUACAUCCUGGGAGCUGAGACAGACUUUAAAUGUAGUGUUUGACCUGCACAACUCUGGACAAGGCAAACGAGAGUGGUCUUUAUUCAAGAUGUUCUCACGGACCUUGACGGAAGCUUGUCCACUGGCCUCCUCCAGUAAAAUAUAUAUCGACAUCACAGACAACCCUGAGGGGGAGCAGUUUGAGCUCAGUCCAGCCACCUCCCUGCUGAGCCAGGCCAUGGUACUGGGGGAUAGACGGACAUUCUCUGUAUACGAUCUGACCCAACAAGACACCUUCGGCAGCGUGCGCUCCCUCAACCUGCUGAUCCGCUGGAAAUCCACUGAAGGUGACAUGCUGCGGCCUUUGCUCCAUGCAGAGCGCUACGUGGCUGGAUACGGCCUGCAGACAGGAGAGAUUCACACGCUCAUGUACAACCAUCAUCCCUACAGGUCUUUCCCCGUGCUGCUGCUGGACUCGGUGCCCUGGUAUCUGCGACUCUACAUCCACACGCUAACCGUCACCAGCAAGGGAAAAGACAACAAGCCCAGCUAUAUCCACUACCAGCCAUCUAAAGACCGUGUGAGGCCUCACCUGCUGGAGAUGCUCGUCCAGCUUCCUCCCAACUCUGUCACGGAGGUCACAGUGCAGUUUGAGAGGGCUCUGCUCAAAUGGACCGAAUACACUCCUGAUCCCAACCACGGCUUCUAUGUCGGGUCUUCAGUCAUCAGCUCUCUUGUUCCAAGCACUGUCGCCAUGGAUACAAACAGCACUCGGGAACGACCGCUUUUCAGUAGCUUUUUUCCCUGUAAAGAAGAGUCCAGCUACUUCGUUCGCGUCUACACCGAACCCCUGCUGGUCAACCUGCCCACUCCAGACUUCAGCAUGCCUUACAACGUCAUCUGUCUGACCUGCACUGUUGUGGCCGUGGGCUACGGCUCGCUGUAUAACCUCCUGACCCGGAGCUUCCAGAUAGAGGAGCCGAGUCCAGGACUGGCCAAGAGGAUAGCCAACGUCAUCCGCAAGAUGAGAGGUGUGCCGCCACUCUGAAGCCGGACAAAAAUGCCAAGUAGCUGCAAGAAAACAUGUAAUAUUCAGGGAAGAACUCAGUCAAACACUGGUAUGAAUGUUUUAUACACUAUCAACUGGAAGGUUUUGUUUUUAAAUGGCAGAAGACAAACAUUUCUAGAACAUGAACUUGUCUGGGAUAGUUUCCUGCUGGCUGAGGACAGAAAUUUGGUGGAUGGGAAGUAAAGAGCUGUAUUAUUGUUUGACAAACAGAAGGAAACAAAGCUGUGCUGUGUGCUGCCGUGGUAACUUUUGGGUUUAUUGUUUUUUUAUGCGUUUGAAACCAUAACUCUACUGAGGCAGUCUGCUACUAUGAAGUGGUAAAAUUAGUCAGUUAUCCUGAGACUGAUUUAAACUGCACUAUGAAGCCUCUGAGCUCAUCCAGAAAGAGGAUUGUUUGUGGUCUCAAGUUGCAUUCUGACCUGUUAUUUAUUGUUAUCUCCCUACCAAGAAAAAAAUACGAUAAAAUUACCACAGUCAGAGUGACUUUACAGUUUUCUAUUCACACCUCAGCUAUUGCAGGAUAUUAAAUAACUCUGAAAUACUGAAUAACAAAUAAUCCAAAACUAUUUGAUCUUUAUUUAAUCGUGAUGGGGUUUUCCUGUCUCACAUUUGUUUUAUGCUAGUUUUAAUAUAUGAAAAGAGAACAAAUACCGACUGAUAUACUGAAAAGUGACAAAACCGGGCGUGCAUUUUAACAGACCAUAUUAUAUAUUAAGCAAGAACAAAAUCCAGUUUGUCAAAUGUUUAAAACACCAGGAUGUCCUACUACAUUCGGUCAGAUUUUGAAUUAUGCAAGUCAGCGUGCUUCUCUGGACAUCCUGACCCACAAUCCUCUGCAGUUACGUCACAUACGUUGCCGCGUCGUGCUCAAGCAGAACCGAGCUUGAGCCGCACAAACAGACGGCAGCUCAUUUCACACUACAGACUGCGACGGACAAAGUAGAAGGCGCAAUAUUAUGACAAAGUAAUGUGUCCCAGUAGUAUAUAUAGAUAUAUAUGCUGCAUGAAACAGUGCAUACUUUGUGCAGCAGUAGGUUAGACUUCGGGAAGAAAAAAGAAAACGUAUGCAGCCCCAUUGAUUUUUUUUUUUGGACUUACUUCAUUGUAGAAAAAGGAACAGUCCUCUUACCAAACAUUGAAUUUGCACAGAUUUUUGGAUGCAUGCUUGAAUGUGCAAAUGUCUGAAUGUCUCCAUAACUAACUGCCUUUGCCUUCAUUAACUGAUUCAUUCAUCACUUUAUUGAAGUUUUAACUUGUCUUAUAGCAAAAAUGCUACACCCUACAAUGAAACAGAAUGACACACGUGUUUUUUAAACUUUAUGUCCUCUCAUGCUCAUCUGCCAUUAAGUCAGUUCUGUUUUGCUUUCUCUGACAAAGUGAGCAGACAGAAUGUGAAUGAAUCUGUACUAUGUGUGAGACAGAACUUAAAUAUUAUUGCCUUUUCAAUAAACUGACAAACAUCUUUUACUCGGA